GGCAACCAGACCCAUUUUCCCACGCCUGCUUACUGUGUCUGCUCACCACUCAUCCUCUCCUGCUUCAGUCUUCUACAGUCGCUGCUUAGGUUUAGGGUUUCUUUCUCUCUCUUCAAGCUCGCAUUUUCCAUAAGCUCUUCUGGUUCUCCAGCUUAUCCUCUAUCCUUAUCUUCUUCCAUGGCGAAAGGCACUGAUGGGUUGAAAGACGAGUGCUUUUCUUACUUCUCAUAAUCCUUCGCGGCUCGGUUUAUAUCAUUUUUAACGCACUCUUCUUCUUCUUGCUCCAACAAGUUCUUUAAGCCUUUGUGAAUCCUUCUAUUCUCAGCUUCUGCAAGUGCCUUACUAAAAAUCUUAUAUUUCACCGCUUUUAAGCCAAUGCCGGAGUAGCUCUUUAGGAUUUUAGUGAAAAUGAGGUUCUUUGGGGGGACCCUAACGCUUAUCCUUUUACUUCUUCCCGUUUCAUCUCAGCUACCUUCUCAAGAUAUCAUGUCCCUUCUCGCGUUUAAGAAAGGGAUAACGCAUGAUCCCACUGGUUACAUCUCUGAUUCAUGGAAUGAAGAGUCUAUAGACUUCAAUGGCUGCCCUUCUUCUUGGAAUGGCAUUGUUUGCAACGGUGAUCGUGUUGCCGGCAUUGUGCUGGAUAACCUCGGCAUUUCUGGCACUGUGGACCUCUCAGUCUUUGGCAAUCUUACUACGCUUCUCAAGCUCUCCAUGGCCAACAACAACCUUUCCGGGACUCUGCCUGGAAAUCUGGGAGACUUCAAGAGCUUGAAGUACUUGGAUAUCUCCUGCAAUGUGUUUUCUGGGGAGAUACCGAAAGAUAUUGAGAAGCUUCAGAGCAUCCAAAAUUUGUCUUUGGCUGGGAACGGCUUCUCUGGUCCGCUGCCAGAUUCUAUAGGAGAUGUUGAUUCAGUUAGAUCUCUUGAUAUGAGCCAUAACCAUCUUUCUGGUUCCUUGCCUUCAUCCUUGAAGGGUCUUAGGUUAUUGGUGUCUUUGAAUCUUUCCUUCAAUGCAUUUGAGAAGGGGAUUCCAAGUGGUUUGGAUUUGAUAUCAAGUCUGGAAUCCAUUGAUUUUAGCUGGAAUAGAUUGGAUGGCGAUGUUGAUUGGGAAUUUCUGAUGCAGACUAGUGUUUUGAAUGUUGAUUUCAGUGGCAAUUCUCUUACAAGUUCUAAUGCAAAUGAGAUGAAAUUUUUGUCUCAGGUGUCAGAUUCUGUGAAGUAUCUCAAUCUGAGCCAUAAUCAGUUAACUGGAUCCCUAAUUGACGGAGGCGAGCUAUCUACUUUUGGGAGUUUGAGAGUAUUGGAUUUGAGCUACAAUCGGUUGUCAGGACCAUUGCCUGGAUUUGAUUAUGUGUAUGACCUUGAGAUUCUUAGGCUUGGAAACAAUGAGUUUACUGGGUUUCUACCAAAUGGGCUCCUUAAAGGUGAUACUUUGGUGCUGAAUGAAUUGGAUUUGAGUGCGAAUAAUCUCUCAGGACAUAUCGGGUUGAUAACGUCGACAACAUUACGGAUACUUAAUCUGUCCUCUAAUGCAAUAACUGGUGAACUUCCAUUGCUUACUGGGAGCUGCACAACACUUGAUUUUUCAAAAAACCAGAUUAGUGGAAACUUAUCAGUCACAGCAAAAUGGAGUAAUGACCUUGAAUUCAUUGACCUUAGCCAGAAUCAAUUGAAAGGACCUAUUCCAGAAGUAACUUCACAGUUUCUACGGCUAAAUUAUCUUAAUCUUUCCCACAACACACUUCUGAAUACUCUACCUGAGGUUCUGGUUCAGUACCCAAAACUUACUAUUCUUGACCUUAGCUCAAACCAAUUUAGUGGUCCUAUCCUUCCUGAUUUGCUUGCAUCUUCUUCAUUACAUGAGCUUCAUCUCCAAAACAAUUUACUGACAGGUGAGAUCAAGUUUUCUCCAUCAUCGCCGAAUAAACCUAGUGUUCAGGUUCUUAAUCUUGCCAACAACCAUUUUAAUGGUGUUUACCCUGAUGACUUUGCCUUCUUAACUGGCUUACAAUUGCUUGACAUAUCUGCAAACAAUUUCUCUGGUAAUUUGCCUCCCACCAUUACCAAACUCAUUUCCCUAAAUUCCUUGGACAUUUCCCAGAACCAUUUCUCAGGCCCUCUGCCAACAACAUUGCCCAGCACCCUAAUAUUCUUCAAUGCAUCAUACAACGACCUAUCUGGAAUAGUUCCACAAAACUUGAGGAAGUUUCCAGAUUCUUCUUUCCAUCCAGGAAAUUCCAAGUUGCUGUUUCCAGGUGGCUCUCCUGGAUCUGGUGGUUCUUCAUCUGGAAGUUCAACACAUAAACCCAUCAGAUCCUACAUCAAAGCAGUGAUAAUUGUCGCUUGUGUUGCUUUUAUCUUACUAAUCCUCAUUUUCAUUUUUGUGCAAUACAAAAGAACCUCAAGUAGAUCCCACAGUGAGAGGGUUGUAGACAAGAAUGCACAUAGAAUGGCCACCCCUGAUACUUCCAGGGGAAAGGGCAGCGAAGCUGGCGGUGCACUGGUUGUUUCAGCAGGAGAUUUGAUCACCCCAAGAAAAGAAUCAUCCUCUGAAAUCAUUGGCUCUGAAGAGAAAAUGUCAGCUGGUGUUGGAUUUUCGCCAUCGAAGAACAGUCGGAUCUCAUGGUCGCCUGAUUCCGGUGAGACGUAUCCGCCGGAAAACCUCGCAAGAUUGGAUGUUCGAUCACCUGAUAGAUUGGCUGGUGAUUUACAUUUCUUGGAUGAGACCAUAACCCUUACUCCAGAAGAAUUGUCAAGGGCUCCAGCUGAAGUAUUAGGAAGGAGUAGCCAUGGUACUUCUUAUAGGGCAACACUUGAUAAUGGUUUGUUCUUGACUGUAAAAUGGCUGAGGGAAGGGGUAGCAAAGCCAAAGAAGGAUUUUACUAAAGAAGCAAAAAAGUUUGCAAACAUUCGGCAUCCCAAUGUGGUUGGAUUGCGAGGUUACUAUUGGGGACCUACACAGCAUGAGAAACUCAUUUUAUCAGAUUAUAUUUCUCCUGGCAGUCUUGCUAGCUUUCUUUAUGAUCGACCUGGUAGGAGGGGGCCGCCCCUAACCUGGGCUCAGAGGCUCAAGAUCGCCGUCGAUGUUGCCCGUGGGCUAAACUACCUCCAUUUUGACCGGGCCAUGCCGCACGGCAACCUGAAAACCACCAACAUCUUAUUAGAUGGCCUCGACCUCAAUGCCAGAGUGUCGGACUACUGCCUCCACCGUCUAAUGACUCCUGCCGGAACAACCGAUCAGAUCCAUGACUCAGGUGUUCUGGGCUACUGUGCGCCGGAACUCGCCGGAGCCAAGAAGCCAACACCGUCGUUUAAAUCGGAUACAUAUGCGUUUGGAGUUGUGCUACUGGAGCUCAUAACUGGGAAAUGUGCAGGUGAUGUGGUAUCGGGUGACGAGGGUGGGAUCGAUCUGACUGACUGGGUGAGGCUAAGGGUUGCAGAAGGUCGAGGAUCGGAUUGCUUCGAUGCUGCCAUGGCUGCGGAUAUAUCGAACUCGACUUCUGUGAAAGGUAUGAAGGAGAUGCUGGGUAUAGCUUUGAGAUGUAUCCGUCCAGUUUCAGAGAGACCAGGAAUCAAAUCUGUUUAUGAGGAUCUCUCAUCGAUAUGAAUCUUCUUGUUUGUGUAAAAACCAGCGACUUUAAAAAGAAAAAAAAUCCAGGUCUGCUCUCAUCUCAAAGCUGCUAGCAAUUUUGAUUGCUUUGAGUCUGUUGAUCUUGAACAUAUCUUUUACUUUGCUGUUAUAAUUUCCUGCUCAUUGUUUCUAUUUGCUGCUGAUCUAUGAUUAAUGAAGAAGGUUGUUAAUUAUGGAAA